AUGGCGAACACCCGCCUCUCGGCCACUAUUCCAGCCUCGACGGCAACAUGUACUGUCUCCAUCAUAAACGCCACUUGCGACUUGCGUCCAAACGCACAGGUCAUGGUAGAGCCAGUCAUACCUGGAAUGGAGCAUCUCGACUUUCCGACGUACUCGUUCCACAUCAAGCACAAUCCCUCAGGUCGGCAGUUCUUGUUCGACAUGGGUGCCCGGAAGGACUGGAAGAACAACGUCCCACAACUCGUGCAGAUCCUGGAAGAAGCCAUCGGCGGCCUUGACGUCAAGAAGGAGGUGCCGACGAUCUUGGCCGAUAGCGGUGUUCGAGUCGAGGAGAUCGAGGCUAUGAUCUUGAGCCAUUGGCAUUUCGACCACACCGGCAAUCUCGCCAGGCUGUCAACGGCCACCAAACUUGUUGUGGGUCCUGGCUUCAGAGACGAAUUCCUGCCUGGUUAUCCCGCGAAUCCGAAAUCAUUCUUUUGGGAGGAGGAAUUCGACGGUCGGGAAGUGGUCGAGAUCUCCUUCUCAGGCGAUCUCAUGAUCGGGCAGUUCCAAGCACAUGACUAUUUGGGUGACGGAAGUCUGUAUAUCCUCAACGUACCCGGACAUGCGACGGGGCAUAUCAGCGCUCUGGUACGGACUACUCCAGACACGUUUGUCUUCCUCGGUGGCGACGUGUGCCAUCACGCAGGUGUCUUUCGUCCGACACAGUACCUUCCGCUACCCAGUGAGGUACCGAAAGGGACAGCAGCGCUGGACAAGCUGACACCGUUCUUCCGCAUUCCAACCGCUACUCCCGUCUACAGCGACCCAGCUCAAGCACAAGACUCAGUAGAGUCCCUCCAAGCGUUCGACGCCGACCCGAACAUUCUUGUCGUGAUCGCGCAUGACCCUACGAGCGCCCAUGUCUUCGACUUCUUUCCAAAUGGCACUUUGAGUGACUGGAAGCAGAAGGGUUGGAAAGAAAAGGGUCACUGGGGCUUCUUAGGGACACUGCCGUUUCAAGGAAAGGCACAGCAGGCGUCCCUAGGCACAAUGAAGGUUGACAGUAUCAGCUGGGAGCAGCUGCAUGGGAGGAGCUCAUGA